GUCACUUGCUUGCCAGUCCCCCCAGUCCCUCCCAACUUCCACAUUGGUGUUGGAGCUAACUGACCUGGUACGUUGCUUGCCGCUCACCUUCAGACGCGCUCCGGUGGGUGCUUCACACGGUGGUGUUCUGGUGGUAGUGCAGUGAAGCGUGUCGAAAUCUCGAAAGAACUUUCUCGAAGUUUAAGACCUACUUCGACAACUUUAGGCACCCACCACCAACAUGCCCGGCCACGUGAAGAAGAGCACGGGUCCCGACCCAGACCCCACCGAGUUUUUGUUCAUCUCGAUGGAGAUGAAGAUGAAGGAUGCUACAAAACCUUACGACGCUAAGAAAUCCUGCUGGAUCCCUGAUCCCAAAGAGGGCUUCAUUGAGGGUGAGAUCUCAGGCACCAAGGGGGACCUUAUCUCCGUUUAUGCAAGCGGUGAGACCAAACACUGGAAGAAGGAUCAGGUGGGUCAGGUCAACCCACCUAAGUAUGAAAAAUGCGAGGACAUGUCCAACUUGACCUACCUUAACGACGCCUCCGUCCUCUACAACUUGAAGUCCCGUUACGUCGCUAGGCUCAUCUACACCUACUCUGGUCUCUUCUGUAUCGCCAUCAACCCCUACAAGCGCUACCCCAUCUACACCAACCGUGUGGUCAAGAUCUACCAGGGCAAGAGGCGUAAUGAGGUGCCUCCCCAUCUCUUUGCCAUUUCUGACGGUGCUUAUGUAAACAUGAUUCAAGAUGGUGAAAAUCAGUCUAUGCUUAUCACUGGUGAGUCUGGUGCUGGUAAGACUGAGAACACCAAGAAGGUGCUCUCCUACUUCGCCAACGUCGGCGCCACCACCAAGAAGAAAGGCGAAGAUAAGAAGCAGAACCUGGAGGACCAGAUCAUCCAGACCAACCCUGUACUGGAGGCCUUCGGUAACGCCAAGACCACCCGUAACGACAACUCCUCCCGCUUCGGUAAGUUCAUCCGUAUCCACUUCCAACCCAACGGCAAGUUGUCUGGUGCUGACAUUGAGGUCUACCUGCUGGAGAAGGCUCGUGUUAUCUCCCAACAACCCGCCGAGCGUUCCUACCACAUCUUCUACGAGAUGAUGUCCGACCAGAUCCAAACGAUCAAACCGUUGUGUAAGCUGAGUGACGACAUCUAUGACUACCAUUACGUGUCUCAGGGCAAGGUUACUGUCCCCUCCAUUGAUGACGGCGAGGACAUGCAGUUCUGUCACGAUGCCUUCGAUAUCCUUGGCUUCUCUAAGCAAGAAAUCGACGAGGUUUACAAGAUCACAGCCGCCGUCAUGCACAUGGGUGAGAUGAAGUUCAAGCAGAGGGGUCGCGAGGAGCAGGCCGAGCCUGACGGCACUGAGAAAGGUGAAGUUGUUGCUAGUCUCCUUGGAGUUGAGGGAGCAGACUUGUACAAGAAUAUUACCAAGCCCAAGAUCAAGGUCGGUGCUGAGUUCGUAUCCAAGGGCAUGAACGUGGAUCAGUGCUACUACUCCGUCGGUGCCCUGGCCAAGGGUCUCUUCGAUCGUCUCUUUAAGUACCUGGUGACUAAAUGUAACAUCACCCUUGAAACUGGUAUGAAGCGUGCUUCAUUUAUUGGUGUGCUCGACAUUGCCGGCUUCGAGAUCUUUGACUACAACGGCUUUGAGCAGAUCUGCAUCAACUUCUGUAACGAGAAGCUGCAGCAGUUCUUCAACCAUCACAUGUUUGUGCUGGAGCAGGAAGAGUACAAGAGGGAAGGUAUUGACUGGGUCUUCGUGGACUUCGGUAUGGAUCUGGCGGCUUGCAUCGAACUUUUCGAGAAGAAAAUGGGUCUGCUCUCCAUCCUAGAGGAGGAGUCUAUGUUCCCCAAGGCUACUGACAAGUCCUUCCAGGAUAAGUUGAACGCUAACCAUCUAGGCAAGUCUCCAGUGUUCAUCAAGCCCAAGCCACCCAAGCCCGGGCAGUCUGAGUCCCAUUUCGCCAUCGUUCACUACGCUGGUACCGUGAACUACAACUUGAGUGGCUGGCUGGAGAAGAACAAAGAUCCCCUCAACGAUACAGUCGUCGACCAGCUCAAGAAGUCCUCAAACGAAAUCAUCGUGUUCCUCUUCCUUGACCAUCCUGGACAGUCUGGCCCAGCUGACACUGGAAAGGGUGGUCGCGGUGCCAAGUCUGGUGCAUUCAAGACUGUGUCUUCUUCAUAUAGGGAGCAGUUAAAUAACCUAAUGAAGACCCUCAACUCCACUCACCCUCACUUCAUCCGUUGUAUCGUCCCCAACGAGACAAAGUCCCCAGGUGUGACUGACGCCGGUCUGAUCAUGCACCAGCUUACUUGUAACGGUGUACUUGAGGGCAUCAGGAUCUGUCGUAAAGGCUUCCCGAACAGGAUGCAGUACCCCGACUUCAGGCAUCGCUACAAGAUCCUGGCUUCCACGGAGAUGGCCACACUCAGUGAUAAUAAGAAGGCCGCCCAGGCUUGCUUCGACAAGUCUGGUUUAGAUCCAGAGCUCUACCGUCUUGGUAACACUAAGGUGUUCUUCCGCGCUGGUGUUCUGGGUACUUUAGAGGAGAUUCGUGAUGCACGCCUCAGCAAGAUCAUCACCUGGCUGCAGUCAUGGGUACGUGGCUUCAACGGCCGAAAGGAAUACGGAAGACUGCAGGAGCAGCGCGUAGCCCUUGUUGUCGUCCAGCGCAACUUGAGGAAGUUCUUGGCCAUGCAGUCCUGGGUCUGGUUCAAUCUCUGGCAGAAAGUUAAGCCUCUUCUUCAUGUUACUCGCAUUGAGGACGUGAUUUUCGCUCUUAAGGAUCGAGCAACUAAAGCUCAAGAAAAUUUGGAUAAUGAACUUAAACUACGUCAAGAACUUGAAGCAUCCAAUGCUGCUCUUCAAGAGGAAAAGAACAAUCUCCUUUCUAGUCUUGAGUCCAGUAAAGGCAGCAUGACUGAAUACCUCGAACAGCAAGCUAAAAUACAGAGUCAGAAAGUCGAACUCGAAGCUCAGCUUUCUGACAUCACAAACCGCCUACAAAAGGAGGAAGAAGCUCGUACUGCACUUGCUCAAGACAAGAAGAAGACUGAACUGGAAGUGAACACUCUGAGGAGAGACUUCGAAGACUUUGAGUUAAGUAUUCAGAAGCUGGAGCAAGAGAAAGCUGGCAAGGAUCACCAAAUUCACAACCUUAAUGAGGAAAUUGCUCAUCAAGAAGAACUUAUUAAUAAGGUAAACAAAGAAAAGAAGCAACUUCAAGAAUACAACCAGAAGCUCGCUGAAGACCUUCAGGGCGUUGAGGACAAGUGCAACCAUUUCAACAAAAUGAAAACAAAGCUUGAACAGACCCUUGACGAACUUGAGGACUCUGUCGAACGCGAGAAGAAGUUGCGUGGUGAGGUUGAGAAAUCAAAGAAGAAGGUUGAAGGUGAUCUUAAACUGGCUCAAGAAGCCGUCGCUGACCUGGAGCGUAAUCACCGAGAAGUAGAAAACGCAAUUCAGCGUAAAGACAAAGAGAUCUCUGGUCUUGCCAACAAAGUGGAGGAAGAACAAGGCCUUGUUUCUAAGGUCCAGAGACAUGUCAAGGAACUUCAGUCCCGCAUCGAAGAGCUGGAACAAGAGGUUGAACAUGAGCGCCAAGCUCGUGCGAAGGCUGAGAAGGGUAAAGCUAGCUUGUCUCGAGAGUUGAAUGAGAUUGGCGAUCGUCUGGACGAGGCUGGAGGAGCUACAUCCGCCCAAGUGGAGCUGAACAAGAAGCGCGAUGCUGAGCUGGCCAAGCUCCGCCGUGACCUCGAGGAGACUAGCAUCCAGCAUGAGUCUGCUCUUAACCUCCUUCGCAAGAAGCAUAAUGAUGCUGUUGCCGAAAUGUCUGAGCAGAUCGACCAUCUCAACAAAGCGAAAGUCAGGACUGAAAAAGAGAAAGACGUUCUGAAGCGUAUCGCAGAUGAAGCAAAAUCUGCAAUGGACAGCCUUUCUCGGGAUAAGGCUGUUGCUGAAAAGGGCAACAAGCAUCUUCAACAACAGAUCAACGAGGCUCAUGGAAGGCUUGAGGAGGCUAACCGCACUCUGAAUGACUUCGAUGUUACAAAGAAGAAGCUCGCAGUUGAGAACGCUGAUUAUCUGCGUCAGUUAGAAGAAGCUGAUAACCAAAUCAGUUUGUUGACUAAGCUGAAGGUGUCUCUUUCUACUCAGCUUGAAGAUGCUAAAAAGUAUGCAGAAGAAGAAAGCAAGGAGCGCUCAAUUAUCCUUGGAAAGUAUCGUAACUUGGAGCACGACAUUGAUGGUCUUCGCGAACAGCUAGAUGAGGAGGGAGAGGGUAAAGCAGACAGCCAUCGCCAGUUAUCUAAGGCCAGCGCUGAGGCUCAAUUGUGGCGUGCCAAGUAUGAGUCUGAAGGAGUUGCCCGGGCUGAGGAGCUGGAGGCUGCUCGCCUUAAACUUGCUGCUCGCCUCGAGGAAGCAGAAAACCAGAUUGAGCAUCUGAAUCAAAAGAAUAUUUCUCUUGAUAAAGCUAAGCAGCGCAUUACUGCUGAACUUGAGGAAGUGCAGAUCGCUGCUGAACGUGCUCAGAACCUUGCUAUUUCUGCAGAAAAGAAGCAGAAACAAUUUGAUCGCAUUAUCAGUGAAUGGAAGGUAAAGGUGGACGACCUUGCAGUCGAACUGGAUUCAUCGCAGAAAGAGUGCCGCAACUAUUCUUCAGAGCUAUUCCGGGUUAAGUCUGCUUACGAAGAAAACCUAGGAAGCCUGGAUUCCGUCCGCCGUGAGAACAAAACCCUUGCUGACGAAAUCAAAGAUCUGAUGGAGCAGAUUAGCGAGAGCGGUCGAUCCUAUCAUGAACUGGAGAAAACUGGCAAGCGCCUAGAGAUCGAGAAAGAAGAACUUCAAGCCGCGCUCGAAGAGGCCGAGGCUGCUCUUGAACAAGAAGAGAACAAGGUCCUCCGUAGCCAACUGGAACUCAGUCAGGUUAGACAAGAAAUCGAUAAACGUAUCCAAGAGAAAGAAGAGGAAUUCGACAAUAUUCGAAAAGUUCAUGUGCGUGCCAUAGAAACGAUGCAGUCUUCUCUUGAGGCUGAAGCUAAGGGCAAAGCAGAAGCCCUUCGUCAGAAGAAGAAGCUCGAGACUGACAUUAGCGAGCUUGAAGUUGCACUGGAACACUCCAGCAAGAACAACGCCGACCUUCAAAAAUAUAUCAAGAAGAUUCAGGUUGAUGCAAAGGACCUACAAGUGCGUGCUGAGGAAGAACAGCGUUUGGCUUCAGAGUACCGUGAGCAAUACAGCGCUGCCGAUCGCAGAGCUAAAUCCCUGAAUGGUGAGCUGGAGGAAUCCCGCACACUUCUGGAGCAGUCUGACCGUGGUCGUCGCCAGGCUGAGUCCGAGCUCAGUGAUGCUAAUGAACAGUUGGGCAGCUUGGCAGCCCAGAACAAUUCUCUUGCCAUCUCUAAGAGGAAGCUGGAGGGCGAAUUGGCAACACUUCACUCUGAUAUCGACGAGAUGCUGAACGAGGCUAGGAACUCCGAGGACAAGGCUAAGAAGGCCAUGGUUGACGCCGCCCGCCUUGCUGACGAACUCCGCGCUGAGCAGGAACACGGCCAGACCCAAGAGAAGUUGCGCAAGAGCUUCGAAGCUUCUAUUAAGGAUCUUCAAGUUCGCCUUGAAGAAAGUGAAGGCAGUGCCGUCAAGACCGGCAGGAAAACUCUGUCUAAACUUGAAAGCCGUGUCCGUGAACUGGAGGUACAACUGGACGACGAGUCUCGCCGUCACGCUGAUGCCCAGAAGAAUCUGAGGAAGUGUGAGAGGCGCAUCAAGGAGCUCACCUUCCAGUCCGACGAAGACAAGAAGAACCACGAGAGGAUGCAGGACCUUGUUGACAAGCUGCAACAGAAGAUCAAGACCUACAAGCGCCAGAUCGAGGAGGCUGAGGAGAUUGCUGCUCUGAACUUGGCCAAGUUCCGCAAGACACAACAAGAACUUGAGCAAGUCGCGGGCAGUGCAUAAAUACUUGACGUCCAUUAAACCAAAUACAAGGGCAUUUGUUAUACUACAACUGAAUGGGAAGAUAUUCCAAUCCAGUCGAUACAUAUCUUUUUUUUUAACAUAGUUGUUUAGUCCAGUUUACCUAUGAUUAUUUCAUAGGUAAAUGAUAUACUUGUUGAAACACUAACAACAGCAGGAAUUAAAAUAUUAUAUUAAAGUGAUUGAGUUAAGUUUUAAGAUAUCUUAUGCCCAUAAUUCAAAUUUUAACUCAUAUUCACAUUGUAUAAUUAAAGAAUUUAAUACAGGUAAACUUUAAUAAAGUUUAAGAAAAA